ACCAAGGCGUAGGGAUAGUAGUGGGCGCGGCGGUAGUAACGACGGCAGGGGCUGCCGCGCAGAUUGCCUUGAAGAUAAUAUGGAAUGCUGGAUACAUCUCCCAGACAAGUGGGUUAUCCGGCGCCAUCUCUUUCUAGCCCCCCACCUGAGAGUACAUCUUUGCCGCAUCAGUAGGCUACUCGGCCGCACUUGGGAUGGCUGGACCGUCGACAGCCCCUGCUGCAUGCCUGGUCGUUGCGGGUUUGGUGGUGCUGACAGUCGCUGCUCCGCUUCUGUUCUCACCCAACCGGCGAUUUGUCCUACCCUCCGAGUCGAAAGGAGGCUGCACCGCGCUGCGGCGGUUCAUGAGCAACAUGUGCACGAAGAUCAGCGGUUUUGUGUACAAGAGUUCUCACUGAAUGGGAUGUUGUGUAUGUGGUUGUCAAAGCCGAAAGCAAAUUGUCAAUUAAUGCUAGAAGUGAACUUACAUUACGACAGCAGUCGGUGAGAAACAUGCCCACUCCGC